GUGCCUUCACCUCCUGACCUUCCUUGUAUUGAUCUAAUGGUAGUCUUGGCUCUACGAUAGAAGUCAUUUUAACAACACUUCCCUUGAUGGGAUCAUCAUUAACCCAAACUAUAAGAGCGUACAUGAUGAUCAAACAAUAACAAAAACUUAUAAACUUUCAAAUAACGUUGUUGCCUCUUCGCGCUUCCUUUUCAAAUAUAUCUGUGAUUAAUUAGCGAUAAUCUCGGGUCUCGCGAGUUUCUGGAAACAGUCUAAGAGUUCCUGAUUGGUUCCUGACAAUCACGUCAGCAUCUUACAUAAAAAAUAAAAUAAAAAAAAGCUCAACGAAUGAUUCGUCAAAUUCACGUUAAUUUAUUCUUCUUUAAAACAAGAAAUAAUAAUAAAUAUAAUAUCUAAUCUGCAAAAAAUACAGCUUCAGCAGCCGUUUUAACAGCAGUUCGUUUGUUUACGUCACUUACGGAAAGUAUCGGAAAUUAGGCGCCAUUUUAUUCAUGUAUAUACAGUGCAGAAUGUAAACAACAUUAAGAUUAUCUUUUUUAAACACAAAUAAAUCGUCAUGUGAUCACAGAGGCUUUCCAGUUUAAAUAUAUCAUUGAAAAAUGGCACGGGACACAGAAAAAUGGUGUAAAUGGCUAUUACACAGAUUGACAACAAAAACAAAAAUCAAUAAAUGGCGAAAAGGUUUUACAGUAUAAUGAUGGAAGAAGAAUUUAUUUUACAAUGCAAGCAGGAUGACAACUCCUGGAAGUGUCCUGUCAUGACUUGUGGCAAAAUUUUGAGCAGGAAACAAACUCUUAAAAGCCAUAUUGUAAAUCAGCAUAAUGUUGAAGCUGGUAAACCAGUCAAAAGGUACAAGCUGUAUGAAAGCCAAUUACAAGCAGAAACUUCUGAUAUUCCAAGGGCAACUCUGUGGAGACAUAAAAAAAGAAAGAAAAAUAUGAUAUCCACAACUGACCACCAGGUGGAACAAGUAAUGGACACUGGCCACACUUUAAGUGAUUUCACAGCAGAAAUUCUAACAACUCAAUCAGAUAAAGUUUUUUGAACAUGAUAUGGAAAAUGAUAUGGAAAUGGUUUAUGACUCGACAGAUGAAAUACUUUUUGACUCAAAUGGUGAAAAUACUGAAUAUCUGAUAUCCGACUCAGAUACAUGUAUCUCAGACUCUGAAAGUUUAUCAACAGAACAGGAAAGUGAGUUGCCAGAAAUACAACCUGAAAUUUUUAAACACAAA